AUGGCUGAAGCUGCACUCAGUUGUGUUAGUGUGAUCUUGAAUAAGAUACUUCCACUUGCUGCCAACGAGAUCAGCCGGGCAUGGGGUGUAAAGAAAGACCUUCAGAAGCUCUCCAAGAAAGUAGAGAUGAUGGAAGCUUUGAUUUCUGAUGCUAAAUGCAAGCAAUCAACAAGCAAAGCCGUGCAGCUGUGGCUCAAAAGGCUCCAGUCCAUAGCACGUGAUGCUGAGAUCGUGUUGGAUGACUUUGGAUAUGAAGUUCUGCGGCACAAGGUUGAGAAUCGGAAGCGCGACAAGGUACGCAACUUCUUUUCUUCCUCAAAUCCUAUUUCCUUUCGUCUAGAGAUGGCUAACAAGAUCAAGAAUGUUAGCGCAUCUCUAGAGGAAGCUUACAGGGAAGCAAAUAAGAUAGGGCUUCAUCCAGUUCAGCUAACCAUGGCAUCUGCUGAUCACAAAGAGGAUCGGUUGACUGUUCCUUUUGUGGAUGAGUCAGAAAUGGUGGGAAGGGAAGUUGAGGUAUCUCGAGUUGUAAGCAUGCUAAUUAGCUCAGACUAUAAGAAGGAUUUACCUGUCAUCUCAAUAGUUGGGAUGGGUGGCCAGGGUAAAACAACCCUUGCACAGAUGGUGCUAAAAAAUGACAGUGUAGCGAAGCAUUUUGAUAAAAAAAUAUGGGUUUGUGUGUCUGACGAUUUCAGAGUGGAAAGGCUGUUGAAUGAGAUGCUACAAUCCCUCGAGGGAAAAAGUGCUGAGAAGACAAACAAGGAAACAUUGGUGAGGAAGCUUCAAGAGAAUUUGAAAGGAAAAAGUUACUUGCUUGUGCUUGAUGAUAAUUGGAAUGAGAAUCGAGAGAAAUGGGAUGGCAUGAGGAUAUGUUUGUUGGCAAUUGGGGGUGCUCCAGGAAGCAAAAUAUUGGCUACCACACGUAGCGAUGAGGUAGCCUCAGCAAUGCAAACAUCUGGUUUGCAUCAUCUAGACAUCCUCUCAGAUGAUCAUAGCUGGAUGUUGUUUGAAAAACUAGCUUUUGCAGACAGUGGUGCAACAAAGACUCAAGAUUUGGUGGACAUUGGCAGAAGGAUACUGAAAAAGUGCGGCGGCGUGCCAUUAGCGAUCAAAGUGAUUGGGGGUUUGUUGUAUUCCAAAAAGGAUGCCUCGGAAUGGUUGACGAUCGAGAAGAGUGAAAUAUGGAACAAGUCGACCAAUAUUGCAAAUGGAGUCAUUUCUGUCCUGAAACUGAGUUACGAGAACUUACCUUCAUGGUCAGUGAAACAAUGCUUUGCAAGUUGUUCCAUCUUCCCGACGGACACUGACAUGGAAAAAGAAAGCUUGAUACAGAUUUGGAUGGCCCAGGGAUUGAUUAAUGAUGCCAAGGGAGGAGGAGGUCAUAUGCAAAUGGAGGAUAUAGGCAGUGACUAUUUCAACAUAUUGCUUCGGAGUUCUUUGUUGCAAGCUAGUUCUUGGAAUUCCAUUUACGGAAUCAAGCGCUGCCGGAUGCACGACCUUGUGCAUGAUCUUUCACUGCAAGUGUCAAAUAAUCGUUUCUUCGAUACAGAGGAUGGCAUGGAAGUCAGUCAUCAUGAUGAAGUUAUGCAUUUGACCAUCAUUGGGAGUCAAGGGAAGGUGUUAAAGAAUAUCGAAGGGAUUCCUCCAAAUUUGCAAACGCUUUAUUAUCGUGGGGGUGAUGGUAGUACGCUCGAAGACAUCUUGGAAAGGUCUAGAUACCUUUGUGUGUUAAAAGUAGACUGCUGGGAUGUUACUCAUCUCCCGAAUGCAGUAGGUAAUAUGAAACAUUUAAGACAUCUUGAUAUUCGUCUAACUGAAAUCACCGCUCUGCCAGAUUCCGUCACAAAGCUCUACAAUUUGAUGACCUUGAAAGUGUAUUACUUGACAGAGAUACCUAAGAAGUUUAGCAAUUUAGUUAACUUAAGGCAUCUCGAGUUUUCCGAGCUUAGUUUGGAUGGGUCCAUAUGUUUGUUCCCUGGAAUCGGACAGCUGGCUAAUCUUCGAACGUUGCCCUACUUCAGGGUAAGCCAAGACAAGGGAUGUCAACUUGAGGAGUUGGAACACUUGCGCAACCUCCUCGGAGGUGAGUUGAGAAUAUUUGGACUUGAGAAUGUGAGCGGCUUUGAAUCAGCAGCAAAAGCAAAGUUGUCCAAAAAAUCAAGCAUUCGAGGUUUAAGACUUUCAUGGGGCGAUACAAAUGAAGAUUGUGAUGACAACAAUAUCGACAGUGUCAUGGAAGGUCUCCAACCUCACCCAGACUUGAAAAGUUUAGCCAUUAAUGGUUUCAAAGGUUCAAGGUUUCCGUCGUGGAUGGUGGCAAAGGAUCACUUGAUGGUACUCCUUCGGAAUCUGGUAUACAUCGAGUUGAGAGGAUUGGGUAAGUGUGAACAAGUACCACCACUAGGGGACUUGCCUUGUCUCGAGUCCUUAUGGAUGGAGUCCUUACACAAUGUGAAGCGCAUUGGGGCUGAAUUCUAUGGUCUCGAUAUUAAUGCAAGGAGCAGCGCUUCUUGUAGCAGCAGUAGCAGAGAGGCGAAACCAAUCACUCUGUUUCCUAAACUGUCGCGUUUUGUUUUGGAGAAUAUGGGAAGUCUGGAGGAGUGGUCAGAUGCAAUGGUUCCCUCGGAUUCUUCUUCAUCAAUUAAGGUAUUCCCUAAUCUCCGGUACUUGAGAAUCGAAGGGCUCCCCAAGUUGGCUGUUUUACCAGAUAUGGAGAACUUGACGUCUCUUAAGGAGUUACAGAUACGGAGAUGCGAAAGUUUGGCUUGUAUAAGGAAUUUGAAUAGCCUUACAUCUCUCGAAUCCUUAUAUUUAGAUGACUGCCCUGCUCUUGAAUCCUUAUGCUUGGAGAGCUUGACAUCUCUUGCGGAGUUAAGGAUAUCGGAAUGCGGAAGUUUGGCUUGUAUAAGGAAUUUGAAUAGCCUUACAUCUCUCGAAUCCUUAUAUUUAGAUGACUGCCCUGCUCUUGAAUCCUUAUGCUUGGAGAGCUUGACAUCUCUUGCAGAGUUAAGGAUAUCGGAAUGCGGAAGUUUGGCUUGCCUAAGUAAUUUGAAUAGCCUUACAUCUCUCGAAUCCUUAAUCUUAAGUGAUUGCUCUGCUUUAUUAGAUGCUUCUCUAGAUAUGAAAAACCCCCAAUCCCUGCGUACUCUAAGCAUCUCAGGAUGUGAUAAGUUGAAUCCUUCGUUGAGUAAUAAUCUUGAGAAGUUCACAUCGCUCGAGCAUUUGACGAUCGUUUCUGAUGACCCUGGUUGUUGGCCAAUUAUGGUUCUCCACCAUCUGGCCAACCUCAGAUCGUUGGGGCUCGGUGGCUUCUCUGACGACCUUGAUCAUUUCCCGUGGCCACACUCCACCACCAAUCUCGUCUCUCUGGAGCGUCUUGAAUUGCGUGGAUGGCCAAAAAUCACGUCUCUCCCAGACCAAAUUCAGCAUCUCUCUACCUUGAGGACGUUCGAGAUACGGAAGUUUGGGGGGUUGGAAGUUCUUCCAGAGUGGAUGGGUAGCCUUCGGAAUCUUGGACAAUUGGGGAUUGUUGAUUGCUCUAACCUCAGACAAUUGCCCUCUGCAGAAGCAAUACGACGCCUCACCAAUUUAAAUUAUCUAUAUAUUGCGGGGUGUCCUCUUUUAGCAGAGAGAUGCACCAAAGGAAGUGGCGCAGAGUGGCCCAAGAUUGCACAUAUUCCUCAAUUUUAUAUCUAUCCUUAG